AAAUAUUACCGAACGACUUCGCGAAGCUUUCUGGCUUGUAAAUAAUAAGUGAAUGCAUUUAAAAACGAAACUUUAUAGAAACGAGAAAUUAUCAACGCGAUUUUGUUGUCCAUAAUGAAUGACAAUGAAGUUUGAGGAGUUGAGUGGUUGAGCCGUUGAGUUGAAGAGAUCCCGGAUGGGGUAAUUUUAAAACCUUCGAAACUGAGAGAUUAAAUAAUCAGCUGAUCGGUGCAGACGACAUCGGAAGAGACAAAAAUGGCUCGAUUAAGUUCCAAUCGUUAUGAGAUUUUGACGGAUUCUAUCAUGUCUCAACUGCAGAAGAAAGGCAUUUACACAGAUUUUGAUUUUAUGGAAAAGGCGGUAGAUACUUUAGUGAAUGUCAGUGGCUUGUCGUUCAAGACAGUCGUAGACUUAAGGAAGGAAAUUUCGAAAUCUGUCGGUGGAAAAAUAAUUGACGCCUCGAAAUUGAUAGAAGAAGAUUCUACAAAAAUUGUUUCAACAGGAAUAUUUAGUUUAGACAAGUUAUUAAAUGGAGGGCUGCAUUCAAAGCAAUUAUAUGAGAUUUGUGGGGCUUCUUCUUCUGGAAAAACACAAUUGUGUCUCACAAUUGCCACAAAUAUUUCUUUAAGAACAGAAAAAGAUGUGCACUAUAUUGAUACUAAGGGAUAUCUAUCAACUAUUAGAAUGCAAACAAUUUUAAAUGCUCAAAAAUGCAACGACGAGGAAAUUGGCAGAGUGCUGAAUAAAAUGAAAAUAACUGAAGCCAGGAGUAUCCCCGAGUUUUUUUCAAUUGUGCAUAAAUUGACGAAAACUUUAAAAAACGAAUCGAAUACAAGAUUACUAGUGAUUGACUCGUUAGCAGCUUUAUUUUUCCUAUCGACUUCGAAACACGAGACUAUUUAUUUUCUGAGCAACUUGCGAAAUAUGUUGAGAUUUAUUGCAAGUGAAUACAAUAUUUCAAUUAUUACGACAAAUUUAGUAACAUCUUGGAACGAAGAAACUGCAAUUUUUCUCAAGAAUGGUGUGAAUAUUAAAUCCCUGAAACCGACUUUAGGGAAAUUCUGGUUGCGAAUUCCCAAUACCAGGUUGCUGAUAGAUCGCAAAGAAAAUGAGGAGAGACACGUGACUGUUUGGAAAAGUUGUGAUUUACAAAUUGGAACUAGUUGCGCUAUAAAAAUCACUUAUGAUGGCAUAAGUUAACAAAUUUGGUAGAAUCUUCGUAUUUUAUCUUUUCAUUGAAUAAAUAAAAGAGUAUUUUUUUAAUAAAAGUUUUCAAA